GGGCGGGGGACUGAAUGGGAGGACGGUGGGGUUACUUUUAGGAGGCCGUCCCGGUGCUUCACUUGUGCACACAAACGGGGGCCCAGCUAGUUCAAGCGAGGAUAGAGACCGUCCCGAACUGAACUCCGCGUUACAAAUAAGAGGCGUGCUUUUCCAAAUGGAGCAGAGUGGAGAACAGCACCGGUGAUAAUAUUAAGUAAAACAACAGACAGCAUCUGCAGACUCACUGGACCGGCACCGGAAUUUCACCAUUCACUGCAGUAGGUGGCACUCUUGCUGCACUUCAACACAGCCAGAGAUUGUAGCGGUCUGUCAGCACCACUCCGUGGUCAUUCUCAACCUCUGACUGCGAGCACCUCAAUGUUUGACGAGGAGUCCAAGGAGAUGAGGGUACAGCAUGAUGGAGUUGUGCUCCACACGCUGGAGUCCCCCGCUGGAGGAGGAGGAGCAGCGCCUGUGUCCUUCCCAGAUGAAACCAUGUCCGUCUUGACCUCCAGCAGCCUGUUGGCGCGCUCCCUGCUGGGCCACACCGCCGCCAUCAAACGCAAGGAAAGCCCAUCGUCCAGCAUCAGACGUAAGCGCGAAUUCAUCCCGCUUGACAAGAAGGAUGAAGGCUACUGGGAUAAGAGGAGGAAGAACAACGAGGCAGCGAAGCGGUCUCGUGAAAAGCGACGCGUGAACGAUAUGGUUCUGGAGAGCCGCGUGCUGGCGCUGCUGGAGGAAAACGCUCGUCUCCGGGCCGAGCUUUUGGCUCUGAAGUUCCGGUUUGGUUUAGUGAAAGACCCAUCCAAUGCCUCCAUCCUGCCCCUGUCUGCCGCUCCUCAACACGCCGCUCCAAGUGUGACCCCUCACUAUUAUCUCCUCAACUCCUCAUCCUCGCACACCAACAACCUGGCAGGUCAGUCGAGUGGGCGGAGCUCCAGGGAUGCUGGCAACCUUUCAGAAGACUCAGGUUUCUCCACUCCAGGUGGUUCCAGCGUGGGCAGCCCCAUCUUCUUUGAAGACAGGCUGAGCGACCAUGGCAAAUCAUCACCUCUCAGAGCGGAGGAGAUGACCUUUGACAUGUACCCUUCUGAUGUCCACCACACUGCAGCCAAGGUGGACCAGGCUGAGGCGAUGAAGAACCUCCCUCAUAAGCUGCGUUUCAAGACGCCCGGCAAUAGCGAGGGGGGUGAUGCUGCCGGGGAUCCCAGCAGCACCAGACGCAGCCCUGCGCCCCCCGCAGCAGAGGGUCAGCGCGAGACCGUGAACGGUCAAGGACUGAGCGGGGGCGACACUGGAGACGGGCACUCGACUCCCUGGCUCCCCCUGCAGGGCGAUGAAGGCAGGAGGGGGAGACAGUCUCCGCAGACCACAGAGGUCAAGUAUCAGCAUGAAAACAACUACCUGAAGUCUCAGCUCAACUGUCUGAGCAAAGAAGUGGCUCAGCUAAAGAAACUUUUCACAGAGCAGCUCAUGGCCAACGCCAACUGAGAGCACUCGUACACAAUAAAAAGGACUGAAACCUCCAACAAUGUGAUGAUUUGAUUCAAAUACUGUAUUUUUUUUUGUAAUAAAUGUCUAUAAAUAACCUACUGUUUAGGUUUAACGCCUAAUCUCUCAGGCAUGGAGCUUCCUACUUGUGUACAAUAAUUUAUGUAUUUCGAUGCACUGUGACGAUAAGUACGAAUUGCACACGCGACACACGCUUGCAACAUUUUGCGUGUUUGCAGUUCUGACUAGAGACUGAUUUCACAAGUCAGAAUAUAACCAGAGAAGGUAGCAUGCACGCAGAAUCAAAUGUAGAGGCAGAAUAAAGUCAACUUUUUUCAAAA